UUCUGUGCAGCAGGACCUUACCUGUUCCUCGACCCAGUGCUGCACAGUCUUCCCGUGCCGGCAUCUAGUAGUGUCCCAGAAGACGCCGGACCAUGUGCACUGGGUACACAGCUGUCAGCCUGGUGCCCACACUAAAGGGAAUACAGUCCGCAGUCUCUUAGUCAUACCCUACACAGUCCAUAUUCUCUAGUCAUCCCCUGCACUGUCCGCAGUCUAUGGUCAUCCCCUGCACUGUCCGCAGUCUCUGGUCAUCCCCUAUACUGUCCGCAGUCUCUUGGACAUCCCCUAUACUGUCCGCAGUCUCUGGUCAUCUCCUGUACUGUGUCCGCAGUCUCUGGUCAUCCCCUGUACUGUGUCCGCAGUCUCUGGUCAUCUCAUGUACUGUGUACGCAGUCUCUGGUCAUCCCCUGUACUGUGUCUGCAGUCUCUGGUCAUCUCAUGUACUGUGUACGCAGUCUCUGGUCAUCUCCUGUAGUACUUCCGCAGUC